GAGUCUGAGAGUCUGAGAGUCUGGGAGAGCGUACACGCGCACCAUGAGCGCGCCUCCAUAGCACUCCGGCAGUGGGGCGCGCAUGACUCGAUGGUACCGGAAGAACUUGUCGCGUGUAGUGGCUGUGCUCCGGCGCUGACUGCUGAUCUCACUGAGCGACCGAAGUGGGGGCGGAAGCCGUGAAGAAUCCCAGGUGUGUGUCACAGACAGUGGGAGCAGGAGGCUAAGGGAUGCCCAAAAAGUUUCAGAGUGAAAACACCAAGUCUGCUGCUGCCCGUGCCCGGAAGGCUGAGGCAAAGGCUGUGGCUGAUGCAAAACGUCAGCAGGCGCUGGAAGAUGCAUUUUGGCAGGAUGACGACAAGCAUGUUAUGCGCAAAGGGCAGAGGAAGGAGGAAAAGGAAAAACGUCGUCUGGAGCAGUUAGAGAGAAAGAAGGAAAGCCAACGCUUGUUAGAUGAGGAGGAUGCCAGGCUUAAGAGUAAACAGGCAAAAGCUGCAGCACCCACUAAGGUGACAAAGGCUCAGAUAGAAGAAACUCUGCACAAAGAGGAGGAAGAAAAAGUACCUGUCGAAAAACCCAAGACACACCUAGACAUGCCACUGGAAGAAAAUGUAAACCGUCGCAUGUUGGAAGAAGGGGAGGUUGAAGCACGAUCUGUAGACGAUGCCAUUGCUGCACUAAGUGUCAGCAAGGAGCUUGACCGUCACCCUGAACGACGAUUAAAAGCUGCCUUCACAGCAUUUGAGGAAUUAAAUCUGCCACGUCUGAAGCAAGAGAAUCCUAAUAUGAGGCUGUCCCAGCUCAAACAACUUUUAAAGAAGGAAUGGAUGAAGUCUCCUGAGAAUCCCAUGAACCAACGACAUGCCACCUACAAUGCUCCCUAACCAGAUGCUGUUUGGACUUGAGGCGCUUUCACCCUUCUUCAUACCACUCCAAAGAGAGAAGACAGUAGCUGGACACACCUCUCAGGGAAGCUGGAGUAUGUGUAGGAUAUGUAGAUUGUACUUUGAACGGAAGACUUUUUUUUUUUUUUUUUUUUGGGGGGGGGGGGGGGGUGAUAUUUGUUCAUGUUAACAUAAAGCACCAUGGAAAAUGAGCUUUUAGAAAGAAAAAAAAAAGUUGUGUGUGCCACGUGGAUGACAAAAACGGUGAUGGAAAAUUAAUUAUUGUUAAUGUGAUUUUGAAAUGUAUAAAAUAUUAGUUUUUCAUACCAGGCUACCAUUGGUAUUGGAGUUGGUUAAAAUGUCCAAGGCUCUCAUGCAAAGAGAGCAUGGCAAAUUAUUUAACAGACAUAAUUACAGAACUGAUUUGUCAAUAAAUAUCAUGGUCAAAGCACUUAUUUAUUAGCACAGCUAUAACCAUUGAUGCUUAGAAAUAACUAAUAAUCUCAUUCCAUCUGACUUUUCUCUUUUAUAAGCAAUAGAAGUGUAGAAAAACUGCUGCUUUUUAUAUUCUGCAGAAUAUUUACAGCGUUUAAACUUUGUCAGAGGUGGUGUGUCCAUUACCGCACUUUUCAUCAAGUCAGUAUAGAAUUAUUUGUUCAUUUAUUUCCUUUUUAGUUGGUCAUUACCAACUGCCUGUGUUUCCCAAUUGAAAUAACUGAGGACUGGGAUUGUAUGAUUAUUAAUUUGUCAGAUUUAUUUACAGUGCCUAGGGCAGUUAACUCGAACUAAAGCCCUACCUGGUUUUAUCUUUCCCAUACAGUUUAAUCCCCUUUCACACUCACUUACAAUUUAUUGUGUGUAUAUGCAAAAGAAGGCUGUGCUAAGGGGGAAACACAAGAGGUAAGAUAAGGUCAGAAACAAGUACGUUUCAGUAAGUAUGGUGCCAUACAUGAAGACUACCUCACAACACUAGGCUUAUUUUCUAGAUACAAAAAACACUCUGUGUUUCACAUACAUUGACCUGUUUAAGUAAAAUGAGGGAGGGGGUUGGGGUUGUGAUAGCGUGCCAUUAAAAUGGAUGUAUACGCCACCAUAAAUGUGUUUUUAUUUGAUAUUCUGCUUUCCCCUCACCUUACUGAUCUUGACUAUACUUUCAUCUCUAAAAUUGCUACCUGCUUUAGAUAAAUUAUCUUCCUCUUUUUCUCAGUUCACCUAGACAUUGGGGGUCAUUCUGACCCGAUCGCACGCUGCAGUUUAUUGCAGCGGCGCGAUCGGGUCAGAACUGCGUCGGCGCAUGUCCGCUAAAGCUGCGCUGGCCGAGAGCUACUCCUAAAGUGCAAUAUCAUCACCGCUGUGCAAUGCUUUUGCACUUCUGCAGGGGGGGGGGCGGCACUGACAUGUGGGGCGUCCCCCCGCAUGUCUAUGGACAUGAUCGUAGCUUGCAGGGCUACGAUCAACUCGGAAUGACCACCAUUGUCUUAAGGAAACGGAUAAAUCAGAUAAUGUUUUGUUGAACCAAGACUUUUUAGCCAAGGAGUUGCUGAAGCGGUAAUACUCUAUUGCAGUGGUUCCUAAACUGUGUGCCUAGGCACCCUGGGGUGCCUCAGGACACUAGCAGGGGUGCCUUGGAUUGGUAGUCCAAGACCAAUUCAAACUAUUUUUGAGCAAAGUAACAGACAAAACCAGUGCUGGUAGCUGCCAAUAAUAAAAUAUGAGGACAUACAGAAGCAAAUAUUGUCCCGCAACGCACUAAGGAAACUGAGGAUGACACACAAACAUAAUUUACUUAUUAUUUUCUAAAAUUCUCAAAGAAACUUUUGACCUCAGGGUGCCAUGAAAAAAUGUUAAUACUCUAGGGCGCCAUGAUUAAAAAAAAGUUUGGGAACCACUGCUCUAUUGUAAGCUGCGGCAUGUCUACAGCAUCAGCAAAUUACAGUUUUAAAAGCUGGAAAAAUAUUUUAAAAAAAGAUGAUUAUGUGGUUGAAAAAUCUGUAGGUUAUCUGCAAAAAAUAUUUAAACAUAUUUGUAAAUAUUAAAUUUCCAUGACUGGUUACUAAAACA